UAGAGGCCAUCACCAUGUCGCCAACCACCCUCCUAAGCCUCGGCAUCUCAAUCUCCUUCGUCUUCAUCUUCUGGACUUUCUCCGCCACCACGUCGUCCCCCUUCGCGCGCAACUUCCCCCGCCUCUACAACAAGCGAAUAUGUCUACUGAUCGCCCACCCCGAUGACGAGGCCAUGUUCUUCGCCCCGACAGUGCUAUCGCUCACGCGUCCGGCACUCGGGAACCAUCUCAAGAUACUGUGUCUCAGCAGUGGAAACGCCGACGGCCUCGGCGAAACCCGCAAAAAGGAGCUCGUCAAAAGCGCCCUACGCCUAGGCGUCCGCAGCGAAUCAGACGUCUACGUCGUCGAUGACCCCUCCCGCUUCCCAGAUAGCAUGACCGCCGAGUGGAGCGAAUCCGACAUCUCCAACCUCCUAACCUACGCCUUCGCCCCGGAGAACAACACCAGCAGCAGCAAUCAAUCCCUCCGCAAGCGAUCCUCCAAAAACAGCAACGAUCACAACAAUACACCCCCCACCGCAACAAUCGACGUCCUCCUCACCUUCGACUCCCACGGCAUCAGCAACCACCCCAACCACCGCUCGCUCUACCACGGCGCCGUGCACUUCGUCCGCUCGCUCAUGAAAGGGAAAGAUGGCUAUACCUGCCCCAUCACGCUCUACACGCUGAGCACGACUAACCUCCUGCGGAAGUACAUGGGCGUGCUCGACGCCCCGCUGAGUAUGGCGAAGGGUGCGCUCUCCGCGCUGUUUGCGUCUAGGGAUGGCUCGUCUUCGCCGGCGCGUUUGCUGUUCGUCUCUGAUGUGCGCGAGUGGAUGUUUGCGCAGGAGGCGAUGGUUAAGGCUCAUCGCAGCCAGAUGGUCUGGUUCCGCUAUGGGUGGAUUACGCUGGGGAGGUAUAUGGUUGUUAAUGAUUUGAAGAGGGAGAGGAUUUGAUUUGUAGUAUAUUUUUCUUCUUUGUAGGCUGUAG